ACCAGACCACAAUAAACCAAAUCAUUCAAUUGGUCUAAUUUUGAGAUCAAUCGAGGAUGGUGGCAUCAGAGGCAUUCGUGGAGAUCCAGGUUCCACAGCAGAAGGUUUACGACGGAGUUAGGUUUCCGGCGGUGGUGGCUCCUCCUGCAGCAACGACGGUGUCACUUACGGAGUCUAUCAAGGGCAACAGAGAGUACCUGGAUUCUCUGAUUCGGGAAAGAGGUGCCGUGGUGUUCAGAGGAUUUCCGAUCCAAAACCCCUCUGACUUCAACGACGUCGUAGAAGCCUUCGGCUGGGAGGAGUUCCCCUACCACGGUGGCGCCGCUCCCCGCACCAACGUUAUUGGCCGUGUGUUCACCGCCAAUGAGUCCCCACCGGAGCAGAACAUCCACUUCCACCACGAGAUGGCCUUGUACCCUGAGUACCCCGGGAAGUUGUUUUUCUACUGUGACGUGGCACCGGAGAAGGGAGGAGAAACACCAAUAGUAUUAAGCCACGUGGUGUAUGACAGAAUGAAGGAGAAGCACCCUGAGUUCAUUGAGCGCAUAGAGAAGCAUGGCUUGUUCUACACUAGGCACACUCAGGAAGAAGACGAUCCUACCCCUAUUGGCCGUGGCUGGAAAUCUACCUUCGCCACCAAUGAUAAGAAAGUUGCUGAAGAAAGGGCUGCUAAGCUGAACAUAAAGUUGGAAUGGUUGGAAAAUGGAAUAGUGAAGGAAACAAUAGGGCCAGUGCCAGGAGUAAAGUAUGUGAAGAGCAGACAAAAGAGUAUAUGGUUCAACCACUCCAUGGGCUGGGAUGACCCUAAGAAGCCCGUGAUAUUCGCCGACGGGGAGGCGCUGCCGCUCGAUGCGGCCAAAGAUGCUCUCAGAAUGCUGGAGGAGGAAUCUGUUGACCUUCCUUGGCAGAAAGGAGAUAUUCUCUUGAUUGACAAUUUGGCUGUCCUUCACGGCCGUAGAGCAUGCAACACCCCUCGCAGGGUCCUCGCUGCACUUGUUAAAUAGAUCUUCAUUUCUUUCUUAAUUAAUUUUGUAGGUAUCUAUUGCUCAAAAUCAAAGUUGCCUUUCAGAUCCAGUUUCCCUAUGAAAUAAGGGUGCUUCAAUCCAUGAGGCUAUGUAUGAUGGUGUUCCAUUCUCUAGUUGUCGUUGGAUCUUGGUGUUUCCUCUAAUUUUUUUU